UAUCAGUCAUCGUACGUGCGCCCCUCGAAUUUCGUAGGCAUGGCAAAUCUAUGACGUCAUAAUCUCUAAGAGUGAACGUCUGUCUAAGCUGUUUGACGUUUGAUUCAAAUCAAAUGUGCGUGUCGUCGUGUGAAUGUGCAGUCAUAAAGUGAUAUAGUUUUGAGCAUCAAACUACACCUUAUACUUGCUACUGGAAGGAAUUUUGUGUGAGCAUUGAGUUUAUUGGGUAUAACUUAUACAUCCAUGGGGAAAACAGGAACUAUUAAUAACAAUGACGCCUACAAGAAGGGCGUGGCGAUCAAUGCACGAAGCGAAACUCAAAAGUUGAAGUCUCGUAUGGCCGCAAAGACGAGAAGGAAAAAUGAAAACGAAAACAUUGAAAAGUUGUCGCGUAUGGUUUUGUCAAUUCCUGAUAAUCCACCAGAUAAAUCAAGUAUAAUACGUCUAUCGACGAGUUACAUAGGAUUGAGAAAGGUCCUUGAUGGUAGCAGAUACACACAAAUGAUUGGCAGCGGUUCGUCAACCAGUGCAGGAAUAGAAAAAAUGUGCUUGGAGCUUUUGGAUGGUUUUUUCAUCAUUCUCAAAAACGAUGGCACAAUCAUUUAUGUAAAUGACAAAGUGUUGAAUUAUCUUGGCUUUCCACCUCAAGAGUUGAUGGGGAAGAAAAUGUACAACUAUGUGCUGAGGAAAGACUGGGAAAUAUUGGCCAAGAAACUUAAAGGUCAUUUGCCAUCUUUGGACGACCCUAAUAUUUGCGAACCGACUGGGGAACCUGGUGACAUUGUCUGUCAACCUACACAAACAGAGCUAUUUACAUCGUACUUGGAAGGCAAUGGUCGUUGGAACGAGCAAACCCAAUUUACGCUGCGUAUACAAUGCAACUUCAUGAGAAAGGAAAAUUUGGCAAAGAACACCAGUUAUGGGAUUGUCAAAUUUACUGGAAAACUGAACGCUGAAGGGUUCUUUGUUGGUACUGGGGAACAAAUAUGGUCAAACGAGUUGGGUGAUUUACCAGUGAUUGAGCCCGCAUUCAUUAGUCGUCUUACACCAGAUUUGAAAUUAAUCUUCUGCGAAGGAAGGAUCCAUCGCUACAUGGACUCGAAAGCGAAAGACAUAGUUGGAAGAGUGGUAUAUCCCUUCUAUCAUCCAACCGAUGCUUUUCAAAUACAGCAAUUACACUCAGAAUUGCUAGCCAAAGGAAAAUCGACUACUUCUCCAUAUCGAUGGAUAAAUAAAGAUGGUGGUUGGAUAUGGCUACAAUCGAUAACAACCAGCAUUCAGGACGAGAAAACUGGAAAGACCUACAUGUUGUGUGUGAACUACGUUCUUAGUGCCAUUGAGGACAAAGGAGUGGUCGUUGGUAUGAAUCCAGAAACUCGCGGUAAAGUGAUUGAGAAACCAAAUGAAAAAGAAAGUGAUAGCGAUGCUGAUGAUGCUUACUUGGUAGACGAACUAACGGAAGCGUUUGUACCAUUUGAUCCCUUCGGUCAGCCUGAGGGUAUGGCGACUAAUGCAGAAGGAAAGCUACACAGCAAUACAAUCAACGUAUUCAACAAAUCCUACCGACCGUCUUUUACUUCACAAGAAACCAAAGCAAAACCGCUAAUAGAAUGGAACGAGAAUGAACUAAUGUUUCAGACGGAGAUGAAAAGCAAUCGGCUCAAAGAGACACAGUAUCGGCAAGACAAACGUACAAAACAACAUGACUGUUUCUAUGGACGUUAUAUGACCAACAGUGGUAACCAAAUUACUAAUGCUCCAUUUUUCCCUACCAAUAAUCCACAAUUGACCAAACCUGCAAGAGUAGCCUGUAAUACAGGAUUAACCGUUGGUGUAGGAUUAACCAAUGAAAUGGGAGGAGAAGCUAGCAGCAAUUUUAAUUCGCGAUGCAGUACAGAAAUGUUGGACAAUGUUAUCGAUGGUCGGUUUAUGAUAAACGAUCUGAUUAAAACUGAACCUUUCGGAGAAACAUCUCCUUCACAGCCAUUUCACGAUGUCAAACAAAUUCGAGAGGAUCUUCAAUCAAUACCUGAAGAUUCUAUGUACAACACGCUAGCUGACGCUUUUAUUUCUGGAGAACAACCCAGGAUGAACGGCUUCAAUAAUUAUUACCCACAAUCCUUUACGGGACCAGAGACCGAAGCAAAACCGUCUAAACAAUGGAACGACAAUCAACAAACGUUUCAGACCGAGAUGGACAGCGAUUGGCUUAAAGAUACACAGAAUCAACCAAUCAAACUCAUGUCACAAGGCGACCGUUUAAAUGGAUGUUAUAUAAACAUGGUGAACAGCGGUAGACAAACUACUCCUUUUUCUUUCUUUCCUGUCAGUAAUCCACAACUGACUAGCACAGCAAGAUCAACGUGUAGUACAGGAUUAACCGGUCGUGCGGGACUGACCAAUGUUAAUAAAAUGGAAGUCUUAAAUGAUGCAACACUAAGUGAACGUGUUAAUGGCAAUUUUAAUUCACCUUGUAGUACAGAAAUGUUUGACAAUGCCAUGCAUGAAUAUGAAUAUUCGAUGAUAGACAAUAUGAUUAAAAAUGAACCCUUCUCCACGACGCCUUCAUCUUCACAGUCAUUUCACGACAACGAACAAAUUACAGAUGGAAUCGGAACACUGCCAGAUGAUUCUCUGGACGACACGUUAGAUACCUCCAUUUUAUGCAAUACCGAGCAAGAAAAUGUUGCAUACGAAGCUUCGCUGUUUCUUUUCAUGAACGACAUGCCGGAUAUUGGCGCCGGCAAUAACCUGCUAACAGGUGUUAAUAACUACGGGGAAAAUGGACUACUAGAACCUGAAAUUGUCAUGGCAAACUUCGAUAACUCACUUCUUGUUUGAGUCAUAGUUCCACUGAACUCAAACGGAUCACUGGAUAUGUAAUGAGAAUAGGGAUGUUGCAGGAUCUCAAGUGAAAUUACGUGAGGGACACUGAGGAACAUGGAAAACAUUAAUGUACUCUAGCAAAUCUGCCAUUGAAAUAUCAGCGGCCAUUAAUGCUACAAAUUUAUAGAAACUGUAUUUAUUAUAUUGACAAUAUUUGGCAGUUUUUGUGUUUACCAAGUGAAGAUUUUCACAAUUUGUAAAUGUGUAGUAUUAUACAAUGCGUGAAUCACAAAUUUUAGGUCAUUUUCAGAGCAAAUAGCUCACAAAAUCAACAGUUUGAACUUUAUAUUGACUUCUAAGUGAUCAAGUGAUACUUAUAGUAUGUUUAGGUACUUGUGUGUAUAGCAUGUGUAUGUUCAGUGAUUUUAUAUAAUGAACCCCAUUGUAAAACACAUUAGUGAGGGCUGUCAUGAAUCAAUAUAUAUGUAAAAAUAAGUUAAUAGUAGUGAUAGUAAUAUUAAAACUUUACACAAGAGCCUA